CCACACUUGGGAUCCUUUGAUAACCGGGACUGUUCAAGCUUACUUUGAGGGAAUCUGUCAAAACCGGAUCAAAGACAUGGUUAGCGGUGUGAGGACUAGUCGAGUUCAACCAAACUGGAUUGGCGACACUCUCUGGAUGACGAUGGAGGAUUACUGGGACACUGAAGAAGCACAACAGAGGAGUAAAACCUACUCUGAUGCCCGUAUGUCUGACCGUAACGGCCUAGGUCCUCACGUACACCUCUCAGGGCCAAAGUCGUAUCGACAGCUUCAAGACGAAAUGGUUGAGGAAUUGGGAAGAGAAGUCCGACUUGGUGAGGUGUUUAUCAAGGCACAUACAAAGCCUGAUGGUACAUAUGUUGAUCGGAAGGCAGAGAAGAUUGCAGGAACUUAUGAGAAGACUGUUCAAGAGAGGUUGUCUCAGCUGGAGGCAGAGUCUUUUGCUGUGUCAGAUGGAGAAUCACGGCCACGGGACCUCACAACAGAAGAAUAUACAGAAAUUUUCCUUGAGUCCACUGAGAAAGAUACAAGAGGAACACCUUAUGGAGUUGGAAGCCUCAAGGACUGCCUUGUCAAUGGAAAGCAUAAGCAAGCAUGUGGCUCUUCUACCUUUGUGGCUCUCGAAGAACAGUUGAAGGAAGCUCAACGAAUGAUAGAAGAACAGGCUGCUCAACUGCGGAGGCGUGAUGCAGAAACAGCUGUGCGUGAAGCUGAGCAAUCCAAAGUUAUUGCUGCCCAGAAGGACAAGAUUGACCAUUUAUCAAUCGUCGAGGAGUUUCUGAUGAAAAAUGAUCCGCGGUUUGAGAAUUUCGUUGCAAGCAAACAGACAACCACAGAACCUCUUCCCCAAGAUGAUCCAGCUCCAACUCCAUCAACCGCUGCUUAA